AUGGUGUGCAGUAUUUCAGCGAGCGGUCAACAAAAUAGUGAAAAAAGCAAGUCAACAAGGUGUAGUGAUCGUGGCUUACAUAGACGAUCUUAUUGUGGCCGGAAAAGCGAAAUAGUGCUUGAAAAAUUCGAAGUGUUGUUGCUGAUCUUGAAAGAGGAAGGAUUUACAAUCAACCUGAACAAAAGUUACUUUUUUGUGCCAAAAGUAGAGUUUCUCGGCUUCGAAGUGUCGUCGGCAGGAAUCCGCCCGGGAGAAGCUAAAAUUUUGGCAGUGAAACGGUUUCCUUUACCCAAGAGUGUUCGUGAAGUCCAGCAGUUUCUCGGACUGGCAGGCUUUUUCCGAAGAUUUGUGCGCAAUUUCAGUGUGAUCGCGGCUCCAUUGUAUUCGUUAUUGAAGAAAGAUGCCACGUUUGUGUGGGCCGAACAGCAGAUGAGUGCUUUUACUGAGAUCCAACGUCUGCUUAUUUCACGUCCACUUCUAGCAUUGUACGAUCCUGAUAAUGAGCUGUUUGGAGAACAAUCGUUAUCAAAUCGAGUCGGUUCCUGA